UGAAGUUGAGGUUAAGCCGACACCGGCCAGCGUGCUGCCAUGGCAUCGGUGGACAUGGUGCUUGAAAGAACGAGGAAAAGGGAGAGAGACUCCCUGGUGCUCUACGUUCUGAUUCUGGUGAACUUCUUCGCGUGCCAAUUCGGGCACGGCUCCAACAUCGGCGUGGCGGUUUCGCUGCCAGGGAACUCCAAAGCCAUGAACCUGGCGCUGGGAUCGUGGGUCACCAUGGGGGUCUGCCUGGGACUGCCUCUUACGCCCUGGGCCUGCAGGACCUUUGGGGAGUUCAACGUGGUGGUCGUGUGCACGGUGCUGGAUGUCAUUGCCAUGCUGCUCAUGACAGUCCCCGGCAUCACCCUCCACCAAAUCUAUGCAGUUCGCUUUUUGGUUGGCUUCUUCGAAGCACCAUUCCUGCCCUACUUGCAGGAGUGGCUAGCCCGCCAUGGAAGCCACAAUUGGAAUGUCUGGAAUGCAAUUCUGCAUGCCAUGGUGCCUCUCGGUGAAAACGUGGGCUUCAUCCUGGCGCAGGAGCUGGUGAGCGCUGGCUUCUCCUGGCGCUGGGCCUUCGUAGGUCAGGCCAUCGCUUUUGGCGGCACCGCGCUGCUGUGCUUGGCCUACGGCGGCCGUAGAUACCUAGACUUUGCUGACGGAUCAUCGGCGAAGCACAUGGAGAGCGAGGAUAAGGUAGUUAGUGAAGUUGAAUACCCAGGGACAGAGCGUUGGGGUGUGUACUGGGCGACAAAUGUGUCGCUAGCAGCACAGCUUGGCUUUCUGGGCGGGUGCAAAUACGUCAUCCGCGACUACGCCAUGUCACGGGGCUUUGGGCUCCAUGUCAUCCUGGCCACCUUCUCGGGCAUUGCGCUUCUGGGGCCUGCGCUCGGCGGAAGCGUGGCCAUGUCGGGCUCGAUCGUCCAGCCGGACAAAUGGGGUCAGCACAAGAGGACACUUGUUUUUCUUGCCGUCAUCUCCACAGUGGCUGCUGUCCUUGCAGCUACGCUGCCCUACGUACCCACUUCAAUGUUCUGGCCUGCUAUGUUUGUGACUUUCUUCGCUGCUGGGGGUGUCUAUCCGGCCGCGCAAGGAAUCAUCAAUAUUGCCUUGACCGCCAAUCGUGUCAUCGAGGCUUCCGUUUACCAGGUACAGUGCAACAAUAUCCUUUUUGCCAUGCCCAUGCCCUACGCCAUCGGCAAGGCGAUGGAUUCGUGGAGCAUUGGAGCCUCCUUCCGCUUAGUGGCGUUCCUUCAGGUCCUAGCAGCUGCAGGCUUCGCUUUGGCGCUGCUGGCCGCAGAUUUCGAAGAGGAGCGAAGUGCCUGGAACAGGAUCGCGGCUCCAAGUACCUCCUUGGAAGAGGGAGCGCCCGCCAUAGAGCGCCUCGGUGUCGGAACAAGUUCGAACGCACCUUGAACUAAGUUGUCGCCAACAAUGGAGCUGACCAGAGAUUUGAAGACGGCGGCCGAAUGAUGCUUUGACCCAGCCCUCUCAGAGUCUCAGCCCAAUCUUCCUAAUCUCAGUUCAGGUAAGUUCUCGGACCAGCACUGCGGUGCUUCAGCACACACACUCAGUUUCUGAGCGUGAUUUCGUUCAAGAGCACGCUCUUUUGCCGCCGGCAUCUUCCGAAUGGAUGGUGAAUAUUGGG